GUGUGAAAUGCCUAUUAGACCUCUUUGACAUCUGAAAUGCACGGGAAUUCUCUCGAAGUCCCGGCCCAAGAGCUGAGUUGAGGCACAUUCUUUUGUGCAAAUUCAAUGCAAUAUCAUUCCCUGACCUCUUCUUCUUCUGGGAAAGGAAACCACUCAUCGACUGAUCCCCCGGAUGGGAUAUCUACCAAAGGCUCCUACACAAAAAAGAUUCAAUAUACAAACAUGAUUCGAAAUACCACGGUAGGUGAUUGAAUCAGAGUUCGCCCUGACAUCCAGCCUAGGAACGACUCUCCGCGACCCUCCUAGGCCGGGGACUGCUUUGACAUGUGCCAUGAAGUGUUUUUCCUCUUUGCUGGAAACGCCGUGUAUCUUUCAUCCUGCGGUAAACGCGUGGAUCAGCUACUCCAUCCCUCUGCAACGAAUAGUUUCAUGCAUUGUCAAGCACCGAAUCCAGCAGUUCCUUUCUCCCUAUGAAGGUAUUUAUCCUCGGUUGACGAAGCGAUCCCCGCGCCAGCCUCACGUCACCCAACGUCAUUGCGCUUUUGCCCAGCUGUUUUCCUUCUUUGCACACAAUGCAGCGGUUCCGCCUCAGGGACGACAAUGCCACGUAAGUCAGUUCCUCCGCGAGAGGGGACUUUAAUAUUCAAACACGCGGGGUCUGCGGGGUGGUGGACGAGGACGAGCACGAUCCACAAAUAUAGAGACAAAGGGGGAUCACAAUUGAUCAUGCCGGGUAUGAUUCAACAGCCUUAUCCCUGCUACGGUCCCACAGGUGACAUGCUGGUGCAGAGGGAGAUAGCCUAUGCUCUCCAGGUUCUUGAGGACCCUGCCUCUUGACUUGGAGUGAUCCUGCUCAUCCGGUCGCUGCCAUUUGUCCGGUUGCCUCCCCACCCUUGCACGUAUCUAACGAAGAAAUGUACAAGCCGAAGACAGUGUGGCCUUUCUCCUCAGCGGAACCCUGGCCGAUGAUCACCGAGAGGAAACGGACUCAGAACGAUGUCGACCUACUGCCGGACUCCCUUUGUUAUAAGUAGAUCGAGCCUGGAAGGUUGGUCACUUGUUGUUCUGCCACGCCCAUAAUCAAGAGUCAUAGGCUCCAAUUUCCUCCAUAAUAGGGUGACAAUUCACUUUUUGUGGCAAGGUUGAGAUCUCAGAGUGAACAUGGGACUGUAUACGGAACUACCAGGGGACCUCUACGAUGUUGACGUGAUUGUGGCUGGAGGUAAGGUGAUGUUCCACAUCAUAACACCAUGUCAUUGACUUGCAUUCAAAAUGCUAGGCGGGACUGCUGGGUGUGUUGUUGCCGCGAGGUUGGCUGAAGCAGAUCCAAACCUGAGGGUCUUGCUCAUCGAACAGGGCCAGAACAAUUAUGAGAGGCCCGAAGUGGUGUAUCCGGCUUUGUUCCCUGGAAACAUCCUCACGGAUAGCAAGACAGCAUUGUUCUGGAAAGGAAACAAAUCGGUUCAACUCGCGGACAGGGAACCUAUUGUACCGUCUGGUGGGAUUCUAGGUGGAGGCUCUUCGAUCAAUUGGAUGGUCUAUACAAGAGCGUCAAAAAGUGACCUUACUUCUUGGGCGACGCCGGGAUGGUCAGCCGAUGACCUUUACCCCUUUUUGAAAAAGUUUGAGACAUAUCAUGGCCGAGGAGAAAGGGAACACCAUGGCUACGACGGGCCAAUCAAUGUCUCCAGCGGUACCUUCAGAGCCAAACGUGCCGAGAACGAGUUCAUCGAUGCUGCAGCGAAAUUGGGCUAUCCUGAAUUCAAAGAUCUCCAGAACCUUGAUGCGAACAAUGGCACGGAGCGUUGGCUUCGAUACGUUGGACCUGACGGUAAGCGCCAGGAUGCGGCACACCGCUACAUCCACCCGAAGCUACAGAGUGGUCAAUACCCAAAUCUUCACGUCCUCGUUCAACACCAAGUUGUGAGGGUCCUGUUCAAUGAGAACAAAAGAGCAGGUGGCGUGGUGAUCCAAGCAAACCCCAAGUUUGAGGAUGCUAGUCGAACAGCGCGUCGCGUUGUUCGUGCUACGAAGAUGGUUGUUCUCUCGACAGGUGCAAAUGCCACGCCACUCAUUCUCGAACGCUCUGGCAUCGGUCAGGCCGAAUAUGUCAAGCGUGCCGGUGUCCCGAUGAUUGAGGAGUUGGCCGGUGUCGGUAACGACUACCAAGACCAUCACUUGACCUUGUAUGCGUAUCGCACCAGCCUGUCACCGCGAGAGACGAUCAACGCGUUUGCCGACGGCCGCUUCAAUGUCCAAGAGAUGAUCAAGAACAAAGACGAGCUCUUGGGUUGGAACUCGAUGGACGCCUCGGGCAAAUUCCGUCCCACGGAUGCUGAAGUCGAGGCACUCGGGCCCGACUUUAAAAGGGCCUGGGAACGAGACUUUAAGAAGUUUUCGGACAAGCCACUCAUGAUCAUUGCCAUGUAUUUGAGCUUCUUCGGCGACCACUCUACACUUCCAGGAGACGCAGAAUACGUGUCGAUGGCGAAUUGGACCGCUUACCCUUACUCUCGGGGCCAUAUUCACGUCAGUGGACCCGACUUGACAGACCCUAUCGAUUUCGACGUCGGCUAUCUCAAGGACGUCAAUGAGAUCGACGUCAAGAAACACAUCUGGGCGUACAAGACGCAAAGAGAGAUAUUCCGACGCAUGGGUAUCUUCCGCGGCGAAUUGGCCUCCAGCCAUCCCAAGUUCCCAAGUGGUUCAGAGGCACAAGUGGUGGAAAAGACCGACGGGCCGAUGGCGGUGGACGACAACAAGAGGAUUCAAUAUUCGGCCGAGGACGACAAGGCGAUUGAGCAGCAUGUCCGCGAAACGGUCUCCACCACCUGGCAUUCUUUGGGGACGUGCAAGAUGGCCCCUCGAGAGAAGAAGGGUGUCGUCGACGCGAGUUUGAGCGUAUAUGGAACCAAAGGCCUGAAACUCGCCGACCUGAGUAUCGUGCCGGAGAAUGUCGGUGCCAAUACAAACAAUACGGCAUUCUUGGUUGGUGAGAAGGCUGCUGAUAUUUUCAUUCGCGAGUUGGAACUCAAGGACAAGCCAAGGUUGUGAUUUCAAACCCAACAACAAGUGCCGAAUUUGAAUCAUGUUGAAUUUGUGAGAGGAUCAAUCGAGUACACAAAUCAAUCAAGUUGGAUCUACUAUUCGUUCACAUAGUUUGUUGUAACCGAGUCGAUCAAACCUC